UACCAAAACCACCAUAAGCGCAAGCCGAUCAACAGCGCGAGCUUCGUCACCUUCGAUGACGCUACUGCGACCAGUCGUGUUGAAGGUCUACGUCCGUUGCCCUUCGACAACGGUGACGGCUCCAACAACGGCAAGUCUUUCCACAUCUCCAACGUCAUGGCAUUCGAGGGCUACGCACAGCCGGCUGAGCAGCGUAAGUGA